CUUUAUGUCAGAAGAUGAUAUCAAUAGCACUCUAUUCCAUACAGAGAUGCAGAAACAGCUUCUACACACACCUCCAGCCCAGUAUAUUCAACUGACUGCCUUCCUCUCAAUCUGUAUAGAAUCCUCCUAUACCCUUCAUACAAACAAACUCCCCCCAAAAAGGCCCGGAUCACAUGCAAAUCCAUCCCCACUAAAAACCCAACCCAACGAAAACCUCAUCCCAGCACCUUCACCUUGAAAAUCCCCCCGAAACAAUCGAUUGCCUGAACCACACCCAACCCACUCAAUCCAGACCGAGAGAACCCCGCAAGAUGUCUCUCAAAACCUCCUACCUCCUAAUCUACAACACCAUCAACGCCCUCCUCUGGACCCGCAUCCUCCUCACCUUACUCUCCUCCAUCGUCCUCCUCGUCCCCCCGGAAACCCUCUACACAACCCUCGAGCCCUGGACAAGAUGGACCCAAACCCUCGCCAGCCUUGAAAUCCUGCAUUCCGCCCUUGGCCUCACCCGCUCCCCCAUCUUCACAACCUUCACGCAGAUCUUCGCCCGCAGCGUCCAAGUCUGGGCCAUCAACUACGCCUUCCCGGAGGCCACCACUACGACGGUGGCCGUCUACCCGGCCAUGGUGCUGGCGUGGUCCCUCGCGGACGCCAUCCGGUACACGUAUUUCGCCGUGCUGAGUGUGGCGGGCUCGUCGGCGGUGCCGCGGUGGUUGCGGUGGUUGCGAUACUCGCUUUUCCUGGGUCUCUACCCCAUCGGGAUCGCCAGUGAAUGGUGGUUGAUGUUCCGGGCGACCCUGGUGACAGACAGCGUCGCGGUGAAGGGGAUCUUUGUCUUCUUUUUGGGGUUGUAUGCGCCUGGUUCGGUGAUGAUGUACAAGUAUAUGGUCAAGCAGAGGCGCAAGGUUUUGUCUGCCGCUGCUUGAGUCUCUUUGUUCCGGAACGGUGGGUCAACAGUCGAUCCACACUUGGGAUAAAUAUGAGUCGACCACUUAUUUCAGCAAGGUUGGUGGUCAUACCAAUUCACUACGUAUAUA